UUUUAUUUUGAAAUCUGCCACAGUCUUCAACGUGCAUAUGUUACUUGGAUUUACAGUUAUGGGGCUGAUGCACGUUCUUCAGUAAAUAAGUUGUGUUCUUUUUUUUUAUUAUAGAGUCUCUUCAAAAGCGUUAUUCCACUGUUACAAACAACCAAACACUUAUUUAGCUCGAUUAGCAUACAGUACCUCACGAUGAUGUUCAAGAGCGUUUGGUUUCUUAGGCGAUUAAUGCAACGAUACGGUGGAAAUUCAAAACAGAGAAGUUUUGUCAGGUUGGCUUCAGGUGCGGCAGAGGGUGCUGUUGCUUCUCCAGUCGACCCCGGUAGUAUAACAGCAGAACAGGCAGUCAGAAUAUGGGCGCAACAUUUCAAACAGCAUGGCAUCUCUGAGCCUCUCCUCUCCAGUCAAUACAUUGUAGCUCAUGUUCUGGGCAGAAAAACAUUGGAAUGUGUAGAGAGGGGCAAGCUGAGAGACACGCUGACUGAUAGAGAGAGAGAAAGAGUGUGGAAUCUAUGCUCCAAACGCCUUACAAGGAUGCCAGUACAGUAUGUUAUUGAGGAGUGGGACUUCAGAGACCUUACUCUGAAAAUGAGACCUCCAGUGUUCAUACCCCGUCCUGAGACAGAGGAGCUGGUUGGUCUGGUUCUAGAGGACCUCCAGUUGAGAUGGGGGGAAAUGUACAGGACUGAUUUACGAUGUCUAGAGGUGGGCUGUGGAUCUGGGGCCAUCUCUCUAAGUCUACUACACAGCAUUCCACAGCUCAGGGUAUUUGCUUUGGACCAGAGCCAGACAGCAGUAUGUCUAACAACGGAAAAUGCAAGCAGACUGGGUCUACAGGACAGACUAGAUGUCCGACAUUUAGACGUGAUUAACGAUGCAGAUUCAAUUAUGAGUGAAUGUGGCCCUGUUCACUUUCUAGUCAGCAACCCCCCCUACCUGCUCAGUCAAGAGAUGAAGUCUUUGCAAACGGAAAUACUCCGGUUUGAGGACCAUGGCGCAUUGGACGGGGGUUCGGACGGCCUGUCUGUGAUUCGCCCGAUUCUGGCUUUAGCUUCUAAGCUCUUAACAGAGCGAGGGCGUGUUUACCUUGAGGUUGACCCAUGCCAUCCUCCCAUCAUUCAGAAGCUGAUAGAGGAGAGGAUGCUAGGGUUGCUUUAUCUGGAAACCCGCUGUGACCUCACCAACAGGCCCCGAUUCUGUAUUUUACAGAAGAAUGGAAAGAAUGACUGAAGCAAAGUAUGGAGAAAAACACAUUUGGAAAGACCGGAGGCCGGGAGACGGUCACAGGGUAUACACACAGCUACAAGAAAGGAGAGGAGACAUGAGAUUUAUUGGUAGAGACUCUGCCUUUAGGAAUUGCCCGUUAAAGUGGCCUUUAUGCCAAAUUACAUAUGGCACACUGCCAGUCCCCUCACUGUCCUGCCUGCUCCCAGCAUGCACUGUUUUUCUAAGAGUUAAAAACCUGGCUAUCCUACCGAGAAAUGUCCUCACAGAAAUCCGGCAACCGUGUGGCUCCAUUUGUACAACCUACUGUUGUUGUAGCUUCGCCGUUGGCUUGCUUUUUAUUGGUAAGCGAGCAGGUGUGCACGGCUGUGAUUUGUUGUAGUGAGACUGCAUCGAUUGUGAGUGUGCUCCGUGUGCAAGUGUCAGGGUGCAGUAGGCUGAAGGUAAUUAUUGAGGCCUUUUCUAAGAACUCUCCCUCCCAGCCCUGCACUAGUCUCUCCCUGGAAGUAAUGAGCUCAUUCUGCGAAACAGCUGGCCCAUUGCCACUGCUCUCUCACUCAGCUAGCCCACAAAGACAGACAUAGAGACAACAUGCCUUGCUCCAUUACCAUAACUUAUAAAAGCACACUGUAUCUGUCUAUUCUGUUCACAGAAUAGGUGAAAUAGAAUUUUACACAUACACAAGCUCAUUUUUGUUUUGGUAAUGUGUUAUAAAGCCUUGUUUUCCUUUAUUUAACAUUCUUGUAGACUUCUGCGAUGUCAUUAGACUGUAAAUAAGCUAUUUUUAACACCUGUGUUGUUUACGCUGCUAAAUUUAUAUUUACCAAUGUGUCGGUGCUUACAGCUUAAACUAGAACCUUUUUGAUAAAGAAACCUGAGAGAACCUUUUGAAGUGAUUUGUUCAAUUAAAUAAUUCUCACUUAGUACCCUUACUGAUACUGUUCUUAGAUGUAUUAUUUCUAUAUUGGUUUUUUACAUAUUUAGGUCACCAGAAAAUUUACAUAAGCAUUGGGAUUAGUUUCAGAAAAAAGCUCUGCCUCAGUUUCUUGGAAAUACUAAUCACAGUUUGCUGAAAGAAUGAUUCACUAUCGGGAAAACGGGAUGAGGAAACUAUGCUGUUAUACUGUAUUCCUAUACAGUACAUUUAUCAUACAUAUCAUUUAUUAAUAUUCUGUUAUGGUUGUCAAUCUCAGAGAAAUGGUUUAGCAUUCAAAUCAUUGAAGUCCUGCCUAUUUGUUAGA